UUGUAGUUUACUUUAAAUGUUGUGUGUUGCUUGCUAUAUUAAUACAUUCGCCUUGCUUUGGCAUAGAAAUGUUGGCGAGAAGUUUGAUGACGAGAAGUUUUAAUAAAAUGAUCUCCGAAUCUCCUGGCUAGGCUAUUACAUGAGGAGCCUGAGCAAAGGGACUCAGAUAUUAGUCUACCCUCAUCCACAUGGUGAUGUUCUGCUCCAUGAACAGCCAGAUGGUUUGCCGUCUGGGCAGCAAUGACACAUCGUUUGAACAAGGAGGAGAAGGAACAUUAACAAGCGCCAGAGAAAGAAUUUGAGACUAUUGAGGUGAUGUGGGAGGGAUUACAACAUCCAUGUAUAUGUGAGACUGGAAGCUAAGGUAGCAGUUUGCAAUCUCACCGCCUGAGCUCCCGGUUGCGCACCCUACUGUCGCUGCUGUGUUAUGUUGAUGGGGAGCAUCUUCGCCGAACUUUAUACUUUCACACAACCUGAGCAAAACGGAUCCAGACCCAGUCGACUCCCCCGAAACGCAUGAGGAUUUUAUAACUGUUUCCAAGAGGAUACAUUUUUCUAAGAUUUCAGUGGACUUUAAAAACAUGGCGCUUAUAAAUAACAACAGCUUAUUUGUACUGUUGUGUUUUGCAACGGUGUGCAAUUGUUUUGAUGGGACGCAGCAGCCCUGCAUGGAGAAGCACCGAGUGGUCGGAAUCCUCCGUCAGAUGGAGAAGUUCCUGAAGGGCCAAGAGAUGCGCUUCACAGAAGGGCUGCGCAUCAUGAAGUCCAAACUGGCCAACCUGCAGAACUCCGUAUCCAAGUUUCCCCAGGCUGACGAGUCUGCCCCACCUCUUACGUGUCCAGCCUUGGAGGCCCCAGCACACGGCAGGAAAUUUGGUUCCAAAUAUUUCAUCGGUCACGAAGUCCACUUCACCUGCGCCCCGGGCUAUCACCUGGUGGGUGCUGGCACACGGCUGUGCCAGGAGGAUGGCACCUGGAGUGGGGCGAACGCCAUCUGCAAAGAUGUGAAUAAGUGUGCCAGUAACCCUUGCCAGAACGGAGGCACCUGUGUGGAGGGCACCAACCAGUACAAGUGUACCUGCCCACAGAACUGGAGCGGGACUCACUGCCAGCACCAGACACAGACAGCGCCCCCUGAGUGGAGUGUGACCAACGACCCGGCCUUCAGCCGCCGGCCGCGCUGCGCCAAGGUGGACCAGGCCCAGCACUGCAGCUGCGACGCCGGCUUCCACAUGAGCGGCACCAGCGACAACAGCAUCUGCCAGGAUGUGAACGAGUGCGAGGUGUACAAGUCGGAGCGUGGCGGGCAGCUGUGUGUCCGCGUGAAUGUACCGGGCUCCUACCGCUGCUCCUGCCCUGAGGGCUACAGGCUGCUGCCGGACGGCCGGAGCUGUGAGGAUGUGGACGAGUGUCUUACGCAACAGCACAACUGCUCCCAGGGGAAGACCUGCAUCAACACGGGCGGCUCCUUCCAGUGCGUCAGCCCGGAGUGCCCGCGCUCACACGGCAACGUCAGCUACGUGAAGACCUCACCCUUCCAGUGUGAGAGAAACCCAUGUCCGAUGGACAGCCGCUCCUGCCACCUGGCAGCCAAGACGGUGUCCUUCCACUACCUGUCAUUGCCCUCCAGCCUGCAGACCCCUGCUACACUCUUCCGCAUGGCCACCGCCUCGGCCCCGGGCCGCCCAGGGCCAGACAGCCUGCGCUUCAGCAUCGUCGGCGGCAACUCCCGGAGCCUGUUUGUAAUGCAGCGCUCAGACCGGCAGACAGGCGAGCUGAUCCUGGUACAGCCACUGGGCGGGCCGCAGGAGGUGAGCGUGGACAUGGACAUGUCCGAGUACGCCGAGCGCACCUUACAGGCCAAACACGUGGCCAAAGUGCACAUACUCGUGUCGCCCUACAACUUCUGAACUGCUCGCCUCACAGCCAAUGAACAAAUCAAAAAGUUGUGAGAUAUAUACUAUAUAUACUGUAUAUAGAGUUUGUAUGUGUUUAUGGGCAUCAAGUGGAAUGGUUGAACAACAUGAUAUCCAAAUAUUAUGUCUGUUCCCAUUCACAUGUGUGAGUGACUGACUGAAUAUCUUUUGUACUUAGUCUGAAAGGUAUAUAUGUUUUGAAAUGUCUUUGUUUUUUUUUUAUUGACAGUGACAAAUCUCUGAGGAAGUACUGACACUGAUGUUUGGAUUUUAUCCUACAAAUAUCAGCAGAAUGGGUGAUCAGAUGCUAUAUACAGCAAAAAAACAAAGUUAAUUGUGAGUGGAAAUCUGUGUGUGUGUGUGUGUGUGUGUGUGUGUGUGUGUGUGUGUGUGUGUGUGUGUGCAUCUGGAAAGUAUGUGUGUGUGGUACUCAUUUUAUGUAAAUGAAUAUAAUAGUAGCUCAGUGUGCAUACUUAACUUUUUUUUCUUUUUUAAAAAACAUACCAAACAGUUGCAUGUAGUUGAAAGAUUUAGUUUCUCCAAGCAACCAUCCCGACUCCAGAGAGCGAUUGGGUUGCCAAAGCAGCGUGCACCUCUGCUCUUGAUUUUGCACUGCCGUUACUAUAAGAGACAACAAACACUUCCUGGGUAUUCUUACUGGAUGCUAUACAUUUGAAGAUGCAAAUUUCAAACCAUUGCAAUACGUGUUUUAUAUAUGGUUUUAAUCAGUUCAUUUGAGGAUGUUACCACAUGUAUUGUCUGUUUUAUUGAUAAAACCAGGACUACAUUCAAUGGGUACUGUUUAUAUUGCAGUUUGCUAUGUCUGUGUGACUUGGGCAUGAUGGCAGCCAGUUCUGUAUCAGGUAUAUACUAAUCA